UAGUUUAUAUUAUCAUGAAAGAAUUUAGUCCAAUAAGUUUCGUAAUAUUUUCCUGUUUACUCCAAGUCAAUACAUACCGUAUCCGCGGGGCGAACGAGAAGAGUUUUGUAAAACUAAAAUCCAAGUCGGAGCUAGCCAAAGCCGACACGGAAUUUGAUCCUCUGGAAAACAUCGACCCAGAAGUGGAUUGCUAUUAUCUCAUCAAAAAUCGGAAUUACACCGUGGAAAAACAUGUCAUUACGACAGACGGCUACAGAAUAGCCAUCUACCGAAUACCGAGCAGCCCGAAAAAACCCAGCGUGAAGCGGCUUCCUGUUGUCAUGCAGCACGGUUUGCUCAUGUCGUGCUUUGAGUGGAUUUUUGCUGGGCCGAGACACGAUUUAGCUUUCAUGCUCGCUGACCUUGGCCACGAUGUGUGGAUUACCAACAUAAGAGGUACGGUCUUCGGCCGAUCGCAUCUCACUCUGUCGCCCGAUCACGAUCCUGAAUUUUGGGAAUUCAGCUAUCACGAAAUGGCCACCGUAGACAUGGCCAAUAUAAUCGACUACGUUUUGGAUGUGACGAAUCAGAAGCAAAUCAUGUAUGUGGGUCACUCCAUGGGUACUUCCAUCAGUUACAUUUUACUGUCGACCAAGCCGGAGUACAAUGAAAAAAUAAAACUCGUCGUCAGCUUUACCCCCGUGGCUUAUUGGUACGAUCCGCAGGCGAGUUUCAUCGGCAAUAUGAAGCCGCUUUUAAAGCCGUGUAUGAGAUUUUUAGAAAGUACCAGAAUGCACGAAAUCUUGCCGGUAUCGACGGCUUUGAGCAACAUGUUAAACAUUUUGUGCGACAAUCGAGAUACGAUAUACAAAGAAUUAUGUCAGUACUUGAUUUUUUUCUCGUUUGGCUAUAAUCCUGACCAAGUGCCCGAGACGCCGAAUGUUGUUAAAUUCUUCAGAUAUUUUCCUGCAGGAGCUUCAAGGCAAACGUUGAAACAUUUUACUCAAAACAUUCUAGAAGGUGAGUUCAGACCAAUAGAUUUCGGCCCCGAGAAAAAUAUGAUAAAGUAUGGAACCCCAGAUGCCCGUCCGUACAAUCUGAAAAAAAUAUCUGCACCUGUAGCAUUAUUUUACGGAUACGGAGAUACUUUGAUAGCUCCCCAUAAUGUUGUUUAUUUGUCAAAAGUCUUACCUAACGUGGAAGUGAUCGAAGCUGUUCCCCACGAAAGAUUCAAUCAUUUCGAUUUUGUCAUCGCCAGAGAUGUUAAAAAGCUUCUCUAUGAUCGAGUCAUGGAGGUUAUGGCUAGAUACUAUUAAAAAUUGUUAAUGCAAAAACUUUGAAUAACUUCUCAUCAAGUUCAAGUAUAUAUAGCAUCAUACAGAGAUCAGACUGAAAAUAAUAAUUUUUAAUGUUUUUUUUUUUAUAACUCAAACGUAAUACAAUUUUUGUCGACUUUAUCAGUUGAAUUGUAGGAAGAAUUUUUUACUGUUGAAUCAAACUUGCCAACCCUAUU